AAUAAUUUUGCUGAGAGAGACAACUUUCUGGUCAAACACACCAUUUCUUGAAACACACAAAAGAGAUUUAACAGAACUAAACAGAACAAGAACUCAUCUCCGAUGAUCCCAGUUCUCAUGUAAAAACAAUAAGAACCCAAGAAAAACAAACAAGUCUCCAAUGAGAUCGGUGUUUCUGUUGUUGUUCUUUUGUCUGUAUCUUCUCUUUGUCUCGGUCUCAUGUGGCUCUUUCAGAGAAUUCGUCUAUCCAAAUUUCACUGCUUCUAACCUAAGAUUCAUCGACAGCUCCAAAGGAGCUUUCCUCUUCUCCCCUAACUCCAUCUUCAAGGCCGGUUUAUUCAGUCCCGGAGACGACUCCUCUUCCGAUUUCUACUUCUCAAUCAUCCACGUCGACUCCGAUUCCACAAUCUGGUCUUCGAAUCGUGACUCUCCCGUUUCGAGGGCAGGGAAAAUGAACCUCUCCCCUCAAGGAAUCUCCGUUAUCGAAGACGGUGUAAACCAAACACCGGUUUGGUCAACGCCGGUUUUAGCCUCUCCGGUUUACUCCCUUCGGUUAAUGGACUCGGGAAAUCUCCUUUUGCUCGAUCGUCUAAACGCUUCUCUUUGGGAAAGCUUUAGAUUCCCGACGGACACGAUCGUUCUCGGACAAAGACUUCCCGUUGGGAUGUUCUUGUCGGGAUCCGUCUCGCUGUACAAUCUCUCCCAGGGAGAUUAUAAAUUCCUCGUCGUUGAAACUGGUGGGUUUAUGAAGUGGAGAGGACAGAACUACUGGAAGCUAAGGAUGCAUACACAAGCCAACGUCGAUUCGAAUUUCCCCGUCGAGUUUUUAACCGUCACUACUUCUGGAUUGGCUCUGAUGGGAAGGAACGGGACGACGGCCGUAAUCCGCGUGCCAUUACCGCCGUCCUCCGACUUUCGAGUAGCGAAGAUGGAUCCGUCUGGUAAAUUCAUCGUUAGUAGAUUCUCUGGUAAGAGUAUGGUCACGGAGAUCUCUGGUCCUAUGGAUCCAUGUCAAGUUCCGUUAGUGUGCGGCAAGCUCAGGGUUUGCAAUCUUGAUAAUGAUUCGGAAAACGAGAGCUGUUCGUGUGUGGAUGGGAUGCGGUUAGAUGCGAGCAAGAAUACAUGCGUUCCGGUUAACCAAUCGUUGAGUUUACCUGUUACUUGCCACGGAAGCAAUGUUUCGUAUUUCGAACUCGGUCACGGUCUGUCUUACUUCUCAACUAGAUUCACAGAUCCUGUGGAACACGAUAUCGAGUUAUCUACGUGUCAUGAUCUAUGCAGUAAGAAUUGCUCGUGCCUCGGUGUUUUCUACGAGAACACGUCUCGGUCUUGCUAUUUGGUAAAGGAUUCGUUUGGGUCUCUCUCUCUAGUAACGAACUCAAAAGACAAUCAUGAUCUUACCGGAUACGUAAAGUUGUCGGUAAAAAAAACGAAUGCUCCUCAUCAACCACCUGGAGGUAAAACUAGUUUUCCUUUGAUCGCGCUUGUGCUAUUACCUUGCUCUGGUUUCUUCCUUGUGAUCGCAUUGGGGUUCCUCUGGUGGAGAAGGUGCGCGGUAAUGAGAUACAGCAGCAUCCGUGAGAAGCAAGCAACUAGACUGGGCUCGUUCGGAUCAGGAGAUCUAGGAUCUUUCCGUAUCCCUGGCUUACCUCGGAAAUUCGAAUUCGAAGAGCUUGAACAAGCGACGGAGAAUUUCAAGUUGCAGAUAGGAUCAGGCGGGUUCGGUUCGGUUUACAAAGGAAUCCUCCCGGACCGAACCCUAAUCGCGGUCAAGAAAAUCACGAACCAUGGGCUUAACGGUAGACAAGAGUUCUGCACGGAGAUAGCAGUCAUUGGCAAUAUCCGGCACGCGAAUCUAGUGAAACUCCGAGGCUUCUGCGCUCGCGGUAGGCAGUUACUGUUGGUCUACGAGUACAUGAACCACGGGUCGUUAGAAAAGACCUUGUUCGGAGGGAACGGUCCAGUGCUUGAGUGGCAAGAAAGGUUUGAUAUAGCGCUUGGAACGGCGCGUGGGCUGGCCUAUCUACACAGUGGAUGCGAACAGAAGAUCAUACACUGCGACGUGAAACCCGAAAACAUUUUAUUACACGAUCAUUUCCAGCCGAAGAUAUCUGAUUUCGGGUUGUCGAAGCUUUUAAGCCAAGAGGAGUCGAGUUUGUUCACCACCAUGAGAGGCACACGAGGCUAUUUAGCUCCCGAGUGGAUCACAAACACGGCUAUCUCCGAGAAAGCUGACGUUUACAGCUACGGGAUGGUGUUGUUAGAGCUAGUGAGUGGUCGGAAAAACUGCUUGUUCCGGUCAAGGAGCAACAGCGCAGCGGAGGAGAAUCAUCGGAACAACAACUCUUCCACGACUACUACCACGAGUUCUGGUUUGGUUUAUUUUCCUUUGUACGCUUUGGAUAUGCACGAACAAGGGAGUUACAUGGAGCUAGCGGACCCGAGGCUAGAGGGUCGGGUGACGAGCCAAGAGGUUGCGAAGUUGGUUCGGAUAGCUUUGUGUUGUGUUCACGAGGAGCCGGCUCUGAGGCCCACGAUGGCGGCGGUUGUUGGUAUGUUCGAGGGGACCAUACCGGUGGGGAACCCGAGGAUGGAGUCGCUCAACUUCUUGAGGUUUUAUGGGUUGAGGUUUGCGGAGUCUUCUAUUUUUGAAGGGGGAAAUGGGGAGAGUGACAAUAUGGGUUUUCACCGGAGAGAGAGCUCUAAUAGUGGCGGCUCUAGGCAGUCAGCUUCUUACGUGGCAUCACAGGAGGUGUCGGGUCCACGGUGAGGAAUUGUCUAAACGUGAAUCACUUUUUUUUUUUCAUUUUGUUUUAUUUAUUUGUUGGUUAUACUUUGUUAAUAGGCCUUGUUCAUAUAUGAUAACUGGAUAAAAAUGUUGACAUAGAAAUUACA